AUGAUUAGAAAUUUGGGUUGUAGGUCUAAGGGGCUAACAACAGCUCUGAAAAUACGCUGGAAUUCGAGCUCAACGCAAAAUAGACCUGAAUUAUUAAGUCUCUUACCUGGAAAAAGAACUAUAAACAAGAUUCUUUUCGACAAUGAUAGUAGACUAUCAUAUAAGAAAGUUAUACCUAUAUUGGAUUCUGUGUAUUCAAAUAUUGAAACACCGGAAAAUAUUAUUUUACCAAAAUACGUCAAGAGUAAUGAUUUAAUGCUAUGUAAACAAAUACUUGCUUCCAUAAGAUCAACCACCAAUUCAAUAAAUAAGAAUUUGGUACUGCUUGAGAACGAAUUAGUUGAACAAGCUGCAGAACUUGGUAAUAACGAUGCUAUAACUAUAUUAGCAUUUGAAUCCAUUGAAAAUAAGGAAACUUCGAAAGAAGAUUAUAAGUAUGCCAAUACUUUGAUUGAUAAUUUAACCAAAUUGAAGCAUCCAUUAGUUUUCAAGAUGGCUGGGGACCUAGCCUUCAAGAAAGGCUACCAUAAUCAGGCAGAGGUUUACUGGUUGCAGUUUAUUGAGCUAGAGCUGAAUACAAUAUUAGCAAGUCAAGUUUAUGCAAACCUAGGUAUUUAUUACUUCAAUUAUUUGAAACCUAGACCCGAUUUAACAAAAGCUGAAUUAUACUUGAAAAAGAGUAUUAAAUUUGGUGAAUUGGACAAGUACACUAUUCAAGCACAUUAUUACUUAGGUCAGUUAUAUUCUAUGACGGAUCCAAUUUUAUCAAAAUAUCAUUUGGAGAUAUCAGCCAGUAAAGGAUUGAAAGAGAGUUUCCCAUCACUAGGCUUUUUGGAAAUGAAUAUUUUUAAAAACUACUCUAAAAGUCUUGAAUGGUUUAAGCUUGGAGUAGAGAGUAGUAAUGAUUUAUCUUGUAUGAUAGGUCAGUUUGAUUGUUUCAUUAAUUUGGAGAAUCUCGUUCAAGCGGACGGAAUAUAUAGAAACUUAGUUGCGGUCCAUAACAAGAUAAAUGCAGCUAGAAAUAGAAAGAAUAUUCCUAAGGAUAUGCAAAAAGCCAUGGAAACAAAUGAAUCACUUUUAAAUUUAUUCUUUACUACUAGAAGUGGAUCUAUAAAGUCAUUACCUAGUUACCAUUUAUAA